CCGGGGCGGUACCGGGGCGGUACCGGGGCGGAGCCGGGCGGCAGCGGACGCAGCCAUGUCGUUCUGCUCGUUUUUCGGAGGCGAAGUAUUCAAGGACCACUUCGAACCGGGUGUGUAUGUAUGCGCCCGGUGCGGCUAUGAGCUGUUCUCCAGCCGUGCAAAAUACGAGCACUCAUCCCCCUGGCCGGCCUUCACCGAGACCAUCCACGAGGACAGCGUGUCUAAGCGCAAGGAGCGUCCGGGGGCCUUGAAGGUGUCCUGUGGCAAGUGUGGCAAUGGGCUGGGCCACGAGUUCCUCAACGAUGGCCCCAAGCGGGGGCAGUCCCGGUUCUGAAUAUUCAGCAGCUCGCUCAAAUUCAUCCCUAAAGGCAAAUCAGACAAAGACCCACAGGAGAAGUAAGCAAGCUGCUCUACAUGACUACUGUGAGGGGCCAUUCUCACAGCUGGGAUGUAUGGGAGCAGGGACUGUGACUGAGCCCCUGAUUUCCCAGUCUGCUUCCCUGCUCCGAGUCACCUCAGUCAUGGGUCUGGGAGGGAGCUGGGGGUGGGGAGAAGGGCUGCUGAGCUGCACAUGCUGGCAGAGAUUGUUUGGCACAAAUUAUGCUGAAGGCUGCAGCUCUUUGUUUCACCUGCCCUUUCCCCCUCCCCAGCCAUCCCUCCUCCCCAGUUAUCCCUUCCUCUGCCCAUGGCAAGCAGUGUGUGCUGGGACUGUCACCAUCACAGCCAAGAAGGGCUGGCUGUGACCCAUCACCACUGCCACCUGGAGCUGCUCUGCUGCCAUCUCCUGCUGGAUUAGCUGGGAUCAGAAUCCGGGUUAAUCUCUGGUGCUAUUCUGGGCUGGGAUCAUGGUAUGAAUUGUCCUCUGUAAAUCCUCCUGGGAUGCGAGGGCAGUGAUGUUUUAUGAUCCUGCUGGAUGGCAGCCAGGCGUUUAGCCCUUUGCCCAUCUUGCACAUAGCAGAGGUGGUUCUGGAUUCACUGUGACCUUGGGGCUUGGUUCCGGCCUCCCACCAUGUGUGUCACUGUGCUGUAACCCCAGUGAUGUUAACGGUUCCCCCUGCUGCAGGGAGGCCAGAACCAGCCUGCUGACUGCACCUCACACUACUCAGGCUUUACGAAUCACGUUUGCAUUCUCUCUGUGCUCAAAAGGGCUCUGGCACUGAUUUCUCCUUAAUUCAGGGCCUGAUUCGUGGCCUUCCCCUCACCAUCUUGCUUUGUUUACUGCCCAGAAACCAAAUCCUCCUCUUUGACAUCAGCAUAGAUGGAUUUUUGAACACAGCAACCCUUUGUCUGACCUUUGGGUCUGGCAUUGCAUCUGUGGUCAAUGCAUGUUACGGUUCGGCUGCACUCAGGGCACUUCAAAGGCUUUUCUCGGCAUUCAUUUCAUGUCUUCAAACCCCUCUGGCACUGAGAACUGCACUGUGCCAGCCUGUCACUGCUGGCCUGGUACCUCCAAAUACUGAUAAUAAACCACUGAUUCACUGUA